AUGUCACCACCACUUAAGAACGUUGUAGUGGUCGGAGCCUCCGGCAGCCUCGGCGCACCGGUCGUCAAGGAGCUUCUCUCCCAAGGCUUCACGGUCACAGCCCUGACCCGGGCCAACUCAAAGUCCACGUUCCCCGCGGACAUCGUCGUCAAGAGGGUCGAAGACUUCAGCUCGGUCCCGGCGCUGACGACCGCGCUGCAAGGCCAGGACGCCGUCGUAUCCGCCGUCGCGGGCGAGGCCAUCGGCGACCAAAAGGCCCUGGCCGACGCUGCUGCCGCCGCAGGAGUGAGGCGUUUCGUGCCUUCUGAGUUUGGGUUCAACACCCGCACCAUGGCCGAGGACUCUCCAGAUCUCUUUGCGCUGCUCGGCGGCAAGACCAGGUUCCUUGACUAUCUGAUCGAGAAGGUCACGCAGAACGAGCAGUUCUCGUGGACUGGUAUCUCGACUGGAAGCUUUGUCGACUGGACCUUGGGAAACGGACUAUACGGCAUCGACCUGGCAGCCAGGACAGCGACGAUUUACGACUCGGGUGACAACCGCUUCCAGGUUGCGAGCCUUCCUUUCAUCGGCAAGGCCAUCGCCAGCGUUCUGAGUCACCCCGAGGAGACGAAGAACAAGUACCUCGCCAUCGGCGCCAAUACCUCUCAGAACGAGAUUCUACAGAUCUUGGAACAGGAGACGGCCCAGAAGUGGAAAGUCGAGCAUGCCCAGACGGCUGACCUGGUCACGGCCGGCCGUGCAGCGCUCCAGAAUGGCAAGCACGGUGAGGCGUUUGUUCCGUUGUUUUUGAGGUAUGCUUUUGGAGAGGAACACUCCCUGAAGCCCGAGGAGAAUAAAAACAGCCUGCUUGGACUGGAACAAGAAGAUCUCACUGCGGUCGUCGGGGCAUUAGUUCAAAGCAAAGCUUCCGCUUAGCCUGUAGAAACCUAUAAAUGGAUUUGGACAACUCGCCGCCCAAACAGUUUAAUUUAUCAACAGGUAUGCUUAGAGUUUAAAGAGUUUAUUAGGCCAGCUAGCAUUUAUACCACUUACUAGAAAACUUGAAUUCUUUUUGGCCCAGAUAACUUUUCGUUAUCGGCCAAUUUUUAAAUAGGCAUUCUUCAUCUGAAGUUUGAUAACUGUGUCUAUGUCCCGGUAAACUUUCGCG